AGAUACCUACGAGUAUUUACGACCGCCUCUGUAAGCAAAAAGACGCCAAAUUAUAAUUAAUCUACAUCAACGAACAAUGUCGUACACGGACCUACAAGAUGUUAUGAACGUUAAGAAGGAGGCAAGCGAAUUAGAAGACAACCCUUACUGCCCUUUGAGUGUCCACUUCAAACAAGAAAUUAGUGUUGCGGAAGAAAAACAAAAGAAGGAGGAGUUGGAUCUGUAUAGAGAUCAUGAAAUUAAGGAAGAGUUAGUCAUAGGACCUGUGGUGUUGCAACCUACUGAUUUAGAACUAGCAAAAUGUGUGCAAAACACAUCUGAUGGGUUGAAUGUUGAUACUCGACCAUACAAGUGUAAUAUUUGCACUAAAUGCUUCAUAGACACCUAUCAACUUAAGUCUCAUUUAAGGACUCAUACUGGAAAGAAGCUGUUUGCAUGUGAACAAUGUAAUGAAUUAUUUAUUCAUAAAGUAAGUUAUAAUAUACAUUUAUUAACUCAUACUGGAGGGAGACCAUUUAAAUGUGAGUACUGUAACAAAGUCUUUAAGUAUAAAUCAAUUUUUAGUGCACAUUUAAACACUCAUACCAGAGAGAAGCCGUUCAAAUGUGAACAUUGUAAUGAAUCUUUUACCCGUAAAGCAAGUUAUAAUAAACAUGUACCACAUCAUUUUGGAGAGCGACCGUACAGGUGUCAGCACUGUAACAAAGUUUUUGAGUUUAAAUCAAAAUUUAAUUCACAUUUAUUGACUCAUACUGGAGAGAAACCGUACAUUUGUGAUACUUGCAAUGAAUGUUUUAGAAAGAAAUUUGAUCUUAAAACUCAUAUAAUGCUCCAUACUGGACAAAAACCAUACAAAUGUAACAUUUGCAAUGCAUGUUUUACAUUGAAAACCCAUCUUAAACAUCAUGUGUUGCUCCAUACUAGUCAAAAACCGUACAAAUGUGACCAUUGUAACAAAUUUUUUGCUUGGAAAUCAAGUUAUCGUUAUCAUUUAAGGACUCAUUCUGGACAGACACCAUAUAAGUGUGAUCUCUGUACCAAAGUUUUUCCAUACAGAUCAGGUAUUAUUAACCAUAUAAAAACUCAUACCAGAGUGAAAUCAUACAAAAUUGACCUCUGCAACAAAGUUGAAAAAAAGUGUUACAUAUGUGACUAUUGUAACAAAUUGUUUCCUUACAAAUCAGCUUUGAUUAUACAUAUAAGGACUCAUACUAGAAAGAAACUGCUGUUCAGAUGUGAACAAUGUAAUGAAUGUUUUACCCGUAAAAUAAGUUAUAAUAAACAUGUAAUGGCUCACACUGGACAGAGACCAUACAAAUGUGACUAUUGUAACAAGGAAUUUGACUAUAAAUCAAGUUUUGAUACACAUUUAACGACUCAUACUGGAGAAAAACCACACAAGUGUGAUAUUUGUGAAAAUAAAAGUUAUAAAAGAAAACAAACCCUUAAGGCUCAUAUAAUAAAAUAUCAUGUUGAGAAAAUGUCGACUUGUCCCAUGGUCCAGUUGUCCAUAACAUUAAAACAACUACAGAAAAAGUAGAAGUACCAAUGCCAUCAACUAAUACUGUAUUAUUCAUUUGUGCUACAUGUUAAUAAAGACAAAGAUUAAAUAAAAAACUAUGUGUCUGUAAGUGCAAUACCUAUUUGCAAAGUAUUUUCAAAAGUGUUACUGGACAGACUGCUAAAACUAACUCAAAGAAAUAGCUGGAAUCCAGAAAUGCAAAAUUUCUCAAAAUUGUCAGUCAUGCAGAAAUCUUUUUUAAAAACACCAUAUAAUAACGACAUACUCACUAUACAUAUAUGAUAUAAUAGUUUAUACCCAUUAAAACUUGAGCACUUAUGAGCGACGUACAGGCAGAGGCAGAAAGUUACGAAACCUGGGAAAAUAAAAUCAGUUGCCCACUGUACCAAACUCGCAACUCGAAAUUCGCGAGUAAUAGGUCCCUAUUCUACAAACAUCUACCCACAAAUCUGAAAAGUGUUAGAAACAAAACGUUUAAUACCCGACUAAAACUCCUUUUAUUGAAUAAUGAAUUGUACAGUGUCGAAGAGUUCAAGUGUGAUUUUGUUUUACUUGACUUCAUUGUAUUUCAACAGGCAGUAGUUAUAGUACUUUAUUUUAUAUUCAUUAUGAUUGUUCGCAU